CUCCUUCAACUUCCUUAUUAUAAACGAGGAAGUCCCUCUGUAGACCUCAUUGAAUCUCUAUUUCUCUCUCACACACGCACUUCAAUUUCCUACAUAUACCUUUCGUCCCCGCAAACUGCUCCAAAACUGAACUUCAAUCCCCCUUCAUAGUGACCCCCAACAUGGCGACUCCAGGGCAGCCUUCGGGGGUCGAGCUCAACUCUCAGCAGCGCUUCUUUCAUUACUUCCAGCAAGAAAUUACAGCUCUUCAAGAUCAGAUGAGUCGAUUGGCAGACACAGCCGUAACAGGUGGCGAGCGAGCAGAUGCGGCAGACCACUGCUUAGCGGGCAUAACCCGACUUUCCAACGAGGUCAAAGACGCCUCAGGUAACAUUCCUGCCUACGAUCAAAGAACAUAUGCGGAGGCGAUCAAAGCUCUACAGGAGAGACUCGACGAGACUCGCAAAGCAUUCGCUCCUAAACCCAAGUUCUCGUUCAAGACGGCCCACAAGAGUCCUUCGGCCUUGUCCCUGAGCGAUGCUGCCGAGAUUGCAGCAGAGAAACGUCGCGGCGUUCCAGGGUCCCUCGCCCCAGACUCCGAGACGAACUCAUCCUUUGCCAAUACUCCUGCCUAUAACACCACCCCUCAGAACGAAAGAGCAGACGACGGCCAAGACACAGACAAUUCUGCGGAGAACAAGGGACAGACAUAUAGCGAUACGGAGACAAAGACAGACGGUGCCCAAGAGAGGCCUUCUCUCUCCACGACCGCAACCUCGACGUCCAUCACGAACCAAACGCAUACGCACAUCAUCUUGCCUUCAUCGUCGUUAAACUCUCAAACGCCAUGUUCCCUAUCAAAGCUCACCAACUGCGUUCUCGAUCUCUCCGUCCCUACCACCGCCACUGCUCCCUUUGCCAGCAUCACCAUCACCUCGAUCAACACGUCUCUCCUUCUAUGUGGCUCUGUUUCCGGUCCAGCACACAUCACUGGCGUCAAGGACAGCAUCUUGGUCCUUGGGUGUCGCCAAUUCCGCAUGCAUGAGUGCCACAAUGUCGACGUCUACCUCUACUGUACUAGCAGACCUAUCAUCGAGGACUGCAGCGGUAUCCGCUUCACCCCGUUGCCCAAGUUUCAUGCUGAUCUCGUCAAGGCCUCACAAGGCACGUCUCACCCGUCAGUGAAUCAAUGGGAUCAGGUAGACGACUUCAAAUGGUUGAGAAACGAGCCCAGCCCGAAUUGGUCUGUACUACCGGCAGAAAAUAUCAUACCAGAAGAAACUUGGCGAGAAAUCGUGCCGGGAGGACCAGGCUGGGGUUUGAGUGACAUCCUCCGAGCCGUAGGCCUUCCCAGUGAUGGAAGCAAUGCAGAUACAAGCUAAAGAGCAGCGGACCAUACAUGCCCUGCGAACUAACGAAGUGACGACGAAGCUACGCGGAAAUCGACAUGACCUGAUUUGAGAGACAGAGGAUUUUGUGGUUGGCUACGAGGAGGUCCACCAAUAGCUGGGAGCAAAGCACUCCUUUCAUGGUGGACGGAAAAGAGAGAAAGAGAGAGCGAAAUGUGACGACACCCAAAUACAACGAUUCCAAGACUUGUGGCGAGACAUACAAAUUUCAUAUCUUAACAAGCAGAGAGACACGAGGGUUAUGAAAAGAGCUGUUUGAGAGUCUGUGACAGCAUUUACUCGACGGCGUGAGCGACGAAAUUCAGAAAUCCGAGACUGACAAAGAUUUUGUUUUCGACACUUGAUACUCGUCAAGGUACUAGUACAACAAAUACAGUCACUUUAUGGAAUAGCCAAGUGACACCAUCAGUUUCGAGUCUGCCUUCCUUUUGUAUACCGUAGUACACAAUGAUAUGUGUCCACGCUCAAAUUUCCCAGUGGAUUCAGCAGUGAGGGAGGUUGAUAUCAACACGCGUCGCAAGAGAAAAAAGGGGCCCGGGGCCUCGAAGGCCACGUCGAAUCCAUUAUCAAUCAUCAAAUAAGUUUGACGGGGAUGGCGCCUCAAAACGUCGUC